CUUCUUUCCCAGAGGAUGGCGCGUCGCACGUGGCUGCCACUGGCGGUCGUCGCGGCGGCCGUGAGUGCCGAUCUCCUCCUCGGCGUCCUCGUGCCGUCGCUGAGCGACACGCAGCUGCAAAACGCAGUGCACAGCGCUAUCGCAGACGCAAGUGCUGCAUUCCUCUUCAACCAGUCAGUGACGCCCAUAUUCCUCGAGACGCGCUGCUCGGACGCGGGUGCGCUCGCCGCGUGGCGCCAUCUGCCCAACGUCAGCGCCAUUUUGGGGCCGAUUUGUGCGGCGUCGUCGUGCGCGCUCGUCGACUCCCUCCUCCAGCUCGAGCGCCCGGCGGUCGUGCAUGUCAACUACGGCUGUAGCAGCUAUUCCUGUGCGUCUGGUGCCAGUGCGACAACGUUGCAGAUCGCACCGAGCGAUGAGCACAAGCUCCGCGCCGUGGCCGCGCUUGCAUCCCACUAUGGUCAGUCGAGUGCAGAGAUCGCGUACGUCAUUUCGACGUCCAGCUCGUUUUAUCCGCUGUUGCCGCUCUUGUUGAAUGCCAGUGCGGGGACGGCGAGCCUGCUCUACGUGUACGACACCCCGUCGUCGCUCAGCAGCGUCUUGACGCUCGUGCAAACGACGCAGCCCCAGCUGUCGAUGCUGGUUUUUGACGGCGCCGAAACGUCACCAGCGUCCAACGUCGCGUUUGUUGCGGCCGCCAACACCAUCUUUGCCGCUACCGUCGGUCUCGUCUUUGUGGGCUUGAGCAUCGACGUCAAGAUGCUCAAAAUGGUGUCACCAACGCCCUUGACCAUCACCGUGCUCUCCAUAUCGAUGCCCUCUUUGAAUAUUGCGACUAGUAACGUUUCUCUCGGGCCGCCAUUGUCGUGGUCAUCCGCCUCGAUCGCGACCUCAUCGACAACCUCAACAGUCAAUCUCUUGUUCGACGCCACAUACGCGUACCUGCGGUACCAAGCCAAUAAUGACGUGUCGUCGUCCGCGCCGUUUCUCGGUCGGACAGGCCUCGUGACGUAUUUACCCGGCACAUACAUGCGAACCCCGGCUUUUGACCUGCACGUGCUCGUCGCUAGCACGCUCGCGACGGUCGGCAACUUUAGCUACCAAAAAACAUCCGGAAGUAUGGUCUACACGCCGAUUUCAAUCAACUUCAACUGGGCGCCCGUCACAUGGUCCGCGACAAAUUCGUCGUCGCUCUUGCCGUACGGCCCCGCAGUGCUCGGCGUGAUUUGCAUUCUGAGUGCGUGCAGCUUUAUCUUGCUCGUGCGCAUGUUCUUCUCGCAGAGCUGCCUCGCCGCGCGCGUCUUUACGGGCUUUUCCAAGCAGGAAAAAAGCGGAAUCGAAGACCCGACGCAGACGCAAAUGGUGGUCACGAACCUCGAGAAGCGCGCGGCCGAGCGCCGCGUCCAGCUCGUGCUCGGCCUCCAAACGCUGCUGGACAUGACACAGCUCAUUACGGAGCUAAUUGCGUACUUUGUCUACGUCAUGGUGUACGACACCAAUGUCGUGCGCAUCGCGCUCUACUCGAUAGGCCUCGGCGUCGAACUCGCGUCGCUCCCGUCGCUCCUCAUGCUGCGCGUGCCCAUCUUUUUCCGCCACUCGCCGUGGGCGUGGGUGCUCAACACGAUCAAAAUCAAGCCGACCGAGACCGGGCCGGCGCUCGGCCCCGGCGAGCCGUCCGUCAUGAUCCGAAAGCACGUUCAUGGACGGCAGAGCAUGGUCACGACACUGGUCGCGCUCCAAGUGUCGCUGGGGCAUUUGCAGCAAGAGCAUCUCGAGGUGGCCAACUCGCUCCUCCGCCUCUGGCUCCAGGAAGUCCCGCUGCUCUGCCUCAACAUUUACUAUGUGUUUGCGUUCGACAGCAGCGUGCAGUACCGCACGUCGAUCGUCGUCGCUUGCUGCGUCGACUUUGUCGCGCUCGGGUUCAAGACGCACCUCGUUCACCGCCUCACCGAGCUCUACGUGGCACAACGCGGCGUGCACUUUGACAUUCAAAUGGCCAAGCUCGAGUCCAAACAGCGCCGGUCGUCGUAUACUUAGUCGUCCUAUUUCGCGUUGUCAACAUUCGGUUUGUCAAGAAAAUAUUGUCUCUAGUCCA